GUCACAAACUUGGGAGGGUUGAUCUCACCAUCGUUAAAUACCUUCUUGUUGUAUUAGCAACCACUUUAGAAUAAACUAAGGUUAGAAUUGCCACCACAGAAGAAAACAUUCUAAGGAAAAAUGGGUUGCACCAAAGGAAUCACCGAACUGGGGAGGGGAUAGUGGUAAUGGUUACUUUAUGAUCAGUAAACAAUUUAACAAAAGAGUUAAAAUUCUCCCGGCAAAUAACUUGUGUUACUAACUCCAGGGGUCCCGGAUUCACAAUCCAAAGUGCUUCUACCCUACUCCAAGCCCCCUGUGUCCCAGAAGAUGGUUCCCAGCGCCCCCUUAGUAGUACAUUUCACCCCUUCCCCGCCAAGGGCAGAGCACAGUUGUUUUGCGGGUCUGGACAGAGGCGCAUCAGGCUACUCUCCUCCAGGUUGUUGGCACCCACAAGUUGAAGCGAGAAAUUUUCCACCUGGGAUGCGGGACGUUGGCCUCCGCGCCUAAGCACUUUCUAGUGGCUCAUUUCUUGGAGUGCAGCAGCCCGGGCAGGUGAGGGUCCGGUCCGCCGAAGGCCAGCUCCCUGGGUCUCGGAGAGUCGCCCUCGCCCCAGCCCGCGGUCCCCAGGGAUCCCCGUAGCCCCCGCCUCCUCCGGGUCACCCGGAACCCAGGGUCACAAGGGGAGGCGGGUGGGCCAAGGUGAGCAUUCUCUCCCACCUCGAGCCCUGCGGCGAGGAGCGCUCUGGGCUCAGCUGAGUCCCUGGAAAGCCGCCCCAGGGCGCAGCGAGGGAGGUGGCGAGGCGGGGCUCGGGGCGGGGGCGGAGCGGAGCCUCCAUCUCCUCCUCCGCCUCCUCCUCCGCCUCCUCCUCCGCCUCCUCCUCCCGGUCCUCCGAUCGCAGCCGCCUCCGCCUCCGCGGGGCUGAAAAGCCUGGAGUCCGCGGCGCUGGCUCGCGGCUGUGGGAUGGGGACUUAGCGCCACGGCGGCGGCAGUGGCCGCAGCGCAGCCGGCCGCCGCCCCAGGGCCCGUCCCGCCUGGGGUUUCGGGCGCGGCCAGCCCACCCCGGAGCCAGGUCCGCGGGCGGCGGCGGCGGCGGCAGAGCUGGGCAGGUGGCUGCGGCUGGAAGAUGGCGCCCUCGGGCUCGGGCAGCGUCAGGCGGCGGUGCCGGCGGGUGCUGUACUGGAUCCCGGUGGUGUUCAUCAGCCUCCUGCUGGGCUGGUCCUACUACGCCUACGCCAUCCAGCUGUGCAUAGUGUCCAUGGAAAACAUUAGCGAACAAGUUGUGUGCCUGAUGGCUUAUCAUCUACUUUUUGCAAUGUUUGUCUGGUCAUACUGGAAAACUAUCUUUACAUUACCAAUGAAUCCUUCAAAGGAAUUCCACCUUUCUUACUCAGAGAAAGAAUUGUUGGAGAGAGAGCCAAGGGGAGAAGCCCAUCAGGAAGUUCUUAGGCGAGCAGCCAAAGACCUUCCCAUCUACACCAGGACCAUGUCUGGAGCAAUCCGAUAUUGUGACAGAUGCCAACUUAUAAAACCGGAUCGCUGCCAUCAUUGUUCCGUCUGUGAUAAAUGUAUUUUGAAGAUGGAUCAUCAUUGCCCAUGGGUGAACAAUUGUGUUGGAUUUUCAAAUUAUAAAUUCUUCCUCCUUUUCUUGGCUUACUCUCUUCUGUACUGCCUUUUUAUUGCUGCUACAGAUUUACAGUAUUUUAUCAGAUUUUGGACAAAUGGCCUACCUGAUACUCAAGCCAAGUUCCAUAUUAUGUUUUUAUUCUUUGCUGCAGCUAUGUUUUCUGUCAGCUUGUCUUCUCUGUUUGGUUAUCAUUGUUGGCUAGUCAGCAAAAAUAAAUCUACAUUAGAGGCAUUCAGAAGUCCAGUAUUUCGGCAUGGAACAGAUAAGAAUGGAUUCAGCUUGGGUUUCAGUAAAAAUAUGCGACAAGUUUUUGGUGAUGAGAAGAAGUAUUGGUUGCUACCCAUUUUUUCAAGUCUUGGUGAUGGCUGCUCCUUUCCAACCUGCCUUGUUAACCAGGAUCCUGAACAACCAUCUACACCUGCAGGAAUGAAUUCAGCAACUAAAAUUCCUGAAAACCAUCAGUUUCCUGCCAAGCCUUUGAGAGAGUCCCAGAGUCAUCUUCUUACUGAUUCUCAGUGUUGGACAGAGAGUAACACAAACCCAGGAAAAGGCAAAGCUGGUAUGAGCAAUCCUGCAUUAACCAUGGAGAAUGAGACUUAACUCUUCAAGCAAAGUAAAUUCACACUUUAUAAAAGAACCACUGCUGUAGAAGGAUGGAAGAGGCUUCUCACAGGAAGGUGCCAUUGGCCAGUUGAGUUGUCCCUGCAUCCCUUUGGCUGGAUAUGCAAUUUUACAUUUUUUAUUUGUUUUUUCCUUGUCUUCCCUACUGGUGAUUGAACCCAGGGCCUUGCACAUGCUAGGCAAGCACUCUAUCACUGGACUAUAAUCUCAGGCUUGGGUUUGGAGAAUACUAAUUGAUUAGUUAUCUCUAAGCUACUGCUUAAAUAUAACACAUUUUUUGCUUCAGUAUACAAACUGUUACAACCAAUACAAAGUCCUAUUAAUAUAAAAGUAAUUAUGACUUAUGCACCAAGGGGAAAACAUCUUCUAUCAAAACCUGGGAAUAAAUUCAUAGGUCAGUUUUCACCACAGUUGAUCACAUAAAAUUCCAUUAAUCAUUUGAUUUUCUGAUUUAGACUAAUGUUGUUUAAAAUUUAAAAGAUUUCAAGUCACAUUAUAACGAUAAGCUUUUUUAAAAAAUGAAACCUAUUGUUACCUUUAGGAAGAAGGUAAGAAAUCAGACUUCAUUUGGUUUUUCCCUCUGAGUUGAAUUCACCUCUGAUCAUGAGAACUGUAGUCACUAUGAAUUGAUUACAAGUCCAAGUGGCCUACAGCUGACAAUCACCAUCCAUUUUUUGCCAGAUUUUAAUUCUAAUUCUAGUCUUUGUUCCCUAUUGGAAAAUAAGUAUGAACACUGAUGCUUACUUUUCAAAACAGUUAGCUAGAAAACUUUUGUCAGAACUAAUACAGUGUUAUAACAAAGUAAUUCUGUUACCUCACAAAUAUAUAUUCAUCUCUUCUAGUCUUAAAUUGGGGAGAGGAAAUCUAUGGCAACAAUUAUGAAGACUGUCAGUUUGGCUCUUGUAAAAUCUCUUUUUAGGCUAUUUAUCCUAUGGGACAUAGUGGAAAUACUGAAUUUCUAUGGAGAAUUCCUGAUGGAUUCAUGGAUUAUUUCUCCAAUGAUAUGUUGUAUCCUCUCAUAAAACUAUGAAAGUUAAACUAUAUGUUUCUUCAAACCCCUAUGAAGAUUAGAUUAUGCAAAUCAUUAAACAAAAACAAUAUUCUUUUGGAAAUGUAGUUCAAUGUGAACUAAAUGGUGUGCUGUUUGGAAAUUUAGUUUAAGAUAAACUAAAAUGAUGCAUUUUUUGAUGCCAAAAAAAUGUUGGCUUCAGUAAAUCUACUCAGAAGCUCUUGUGCCUUGUAUGCACUAUUUUUAAAAACUCUCAUUAAAAAAAAACAUUUCAGUGGGAUUUAAGUUUUCUUAGUGUUAAUGAUUAGAAUAAGUGAUAUGCUUCCUUUGCUACUGAUUUUGAGAGUUUAAAGCAGAUUGCCUUUUAAAAACAGCUAAGUAAUUGGUGCAAAGAGUUUAAUACCACAUAAACUAGAAGACUAGGAGAUAAUGGAGUAAAAGAUCCUUCCAAUUACUAAUCUUUGCUAGAAAUAUAGUUUUAUAUUAAAUGUGUUUAUGGAAGAACCAAUGUCAGCCAAGUCCAUUUUAUAGUUCAUUUGAGUGUAAUCCUUUAAAUGAUAGGAUGACAGUUGUUUUCAUAUUUUAUUAAGCUAAAGAGUUUGAUCUGACAAUCUGCUUCAAGAAAUCUCGGAAGAUAAAUUUUUACUUUGGUCUUCAAGCAUUUUUUUGGUCAUUGUCAUUACCUGAAGUGCCAGACUGGAACCUGUAGCUUUGCUAGAAGUUAUAAGGGUAAUGCAGCAUGUGGUGUAUUAAGAUUUAUAUACAGCCAGGGUGGUUUGAAAGCACAGAACUAGGAAAGCUGUUUUCCUGAACAGGAUUUUGUUAGAUAAUCCCUCUUGUCAAACUGGAAGCUAGGGAAAAAAAGAGGGAUUUUUAUCUUUUAUCCUGCUAGAGUACUGUUACUCCUCCAAGUCUUUUAUGUAUGUACUUAAAUACAGAAGUCAAUUCACGUGAGACUCAGAUUUGAAAAAGUCUAAAAAAAUAAAAAAUUUUCAUUAAGUUGUAAAUGGUUCCCUUGUUCCCUUUCUGUUUCCAUAUUGUGAAUAACCUUUAAAGAAUUUUUUUGUCUUGUUUUUAAUUGUAGGGGGUUAAAAUAUUUGGAGUAGGUGAUUGUAUAUCACAUUAUAUAUACCUGCGUGAACAAAGCACCAAAUAAAAU